GAAGGGAGGGAAGAGAAAACCAUAAAUCAUUGAUCUUUUGCUCGCAGACCAACUUUGCAUUAGCAACAAAAUCCACAUAUAUAGAACAAGCACCAGCGAAUUAACCCACGGUCAACCCUGACUCUACCAACAGAAUAAAAAAGAGAAAGGCCAGGGGAUAGACAGGUGGCAUAACUUAAAAUUCGAACAAUGGACCCCGUUAUAGAAGUUGUUGGUUUUUUACUUGGUUUUUUGGGCUGGGUGAUGGUGGGGAUUGCUCUGCCGAACCGUUACUGGAAAGAAUCGACUGUGGACGGCAGCGUUAUCACAACUUCAACCAUUUACGAGAACCUAUGGAUGUCCUGCGCUUCAGACUCCACGGGUAUCCACAACUGUCGUGAAUUUCCUUCGCUGCUUGCCCUGUCCGGAUAUUUACAGGCGUCUCGCGCACUUAUGAUCGCUGCCAUAGUGAUGGGGACUUUUGGGAUUCUUGCGACAAUGGUAGGAAUGAAGUGCUCCAAAGCAGGAGGAGAAAAUUAUAUUCUGAAAGGCAGAAUUGCUGGCACUGGGGGUGUGUGCUUUUUGCUACAAGGUCUGUGUACUAUGAUUUCUGUGUCCUGGUACGCCUUCAACAUCACCCAGGAGUUCUUUGACCCGUUCUACCCCGGGACAAAGUUUGAAUUUGGGGAAGGUCUGUAUAUCGGGUGGUGCUCAGCUAUAUUAGCCAUCUGUGGAGGAUCAUGUCUGUUGUGUGCCUGCAAACUGGAGCAGUCUGAUGAUACUCCCUACAUGUACCAGCCUAACAAAGGCACAGUGUAUUCAGCAGCUGUCACAUCACAGAGGGGUGCCACCAGCCCAUAUGACAAGAAUGCGUAUGUCUGAAGGAAAGGCCUUACAAAUAUGCAUGGGUCAAUCACACCUGCUCUGCAUGAACCAGACAAAAACUGCCAGCUGUACACCUAGUUGAUAUUGUUCAAUUAGUCCACAUCACAUUUUUUGAUUAAAAAAAGUCCCUUAUUGACAAGGUGAUAGCACCCAUGCUGCACCCCAGAAUGCUAGGCUGAAUACUGUAUACUGAUACUGUAAAAAAAAAAAAAAAAAAAAAAAAAACUUAAUAAAAACUGAAAAAACAAACAAACAAAACAACAACAACAACAACAAAAAAUAUAAAUAAACAGUUGGUUAUGUUGUAUAGUUGCACUGCAAAAGAAUGAUAUGACUUGGUCUCAUAUCUUUAAAGUUUACUCAAACUGUAAUUUGCAGAUUCAUGUUUUGAUAGUUUCAUGUUUUCAUCUUUGGUAGCCUAGUACAAAGGGAAAUCCAUACACAAAUCUUAAUAACUUUGAAGGAAUUGAUGAAUGUACAUGGCAAAAUAAUUCCAAUCCAAAGGUGUAUCAUUUAAUAUAUGUCUUGCUAUGUAUUAUCGUUUUGUUUCAUACUUGUUUUAAAUAUUGCUCUCAAUUUACACACCUAGAGAGUCUGGUCUUUAAGAGGCUUAAGGUCAAAAUAAAGGAAUGUUAAAACUUUGUA